UCCACCAUCGUGUUAUGCAAGUGCUGCUGGUGUUUUGGCCGAUGACCGAAGCCUACUUUGACCUGCAGGAUUAAGGUUUACAAGGCCUAUGGAAAAUAAUAGAAUGUCCUACAUGGAUGCUGUACCAUGGUGACCUCUGAGGGCUUUUACUUGUUUCUGUCUAUUAUGUCCCAUUGGCAGUGUUUUUUGGGGGGGUGGGGGUGCCUCUUGCCUCUGAUAAUUUUUUUGGCUUUCUACCCAAGAUUUUAACAUUGAAUUUAUUUUUUGCCAAAUACUUGAGUAUAUGUAUACGGUGGCGUUCUUUUACGACUGCGAGAUGUUAUGGUCUCCAAAGCUCUCACCUUCAAACAUCCACGUGCGCCUGACAGCAAAAGGCCUACUAAGAAACAUUCACCUGCUGUCAGGAUGCUGGAAAAAUGCGGUGGUUUUCCAAGCAGUGAAAAAGAACAAGCCCAAGACUUCGUCCCGGCAGCAAGUGUCAACAUCCCAGGCAAAAGAGAAUCAAGGACCUCCAGAUGUGGUGCCACCCAGUCUCCCACGGGAUGACAGAAAUGACCAGAGGAUCCAGAAUCUUGGGGGACUGCUUGCGGCCUCUAACUGCAGAUUUCAAGCUGUCACUAUCGUCUUACAGCACAUUCUGUCUGAGCGUGAUGAAGCCACGGGGCAGUGCCAAGAACUCUCUCAGCAGUUGGUCAACCUCCGAGGAGAGUUAGAGUGCUCAGUCAAUUCAUCCGAACGGCUGGAAAAGGAGAAGCAGGACUUGCAGGAUGCUCUGGAGUGUGCAAUGCGGAGACUGCAGGAGCAGCACCAGAAGGACCUGGAAGAGAUGGAGCAGAGACUGCAGGCCUUUUACCAGGCUGAAAGGGACAAGGUCCACCUGAGUUACCAGGGCGAGGCAGACAAGUACAAAGCUCUGGUACAAACGCAGAUGGAACAACUUGAAGGAAGUCAUGACACUCUGAAGCUGGAAUUAGAGCGGGGCCAUGAAGAACAGCUGCACUGUGUUAAACAACAACAUGAACAGUCACUGGAAGAGCUCAAGAAAUUACACACUCAGCAACUGGAGUCAUUGGAUGAGAGUUUGAAGGAUUCAGAAGUGGGACUCAUUGCACAAAUUCAACUGCUGACUCAGGAAAACGCUGACCUGCUUGAAAAGCUAACGUCAGAAGACAAUAAGCGGAGAGAGCUGGCGGUGGGACAGAAGGACUCACACACUGUGUAUCUGGAGCAAGAGCUGGAAAGCCUCAAGGUGGUGCUGGAUAUAAAAAACAAACAACUUCACCAACAGGAGAAGAUGAUGAUUAAAAUUGAUGAACUGCUUGAGAAAAAUGUGAAGUUAGACGAAAGCCUUAAGAAGGUCCAGCAGGAGAACGAGGAUCUCAAAGCUCGCAUGGAGAGAUACUCUAUACUCUCAAAGCAAUUGCUUGCAGAGCAGGCUGUGCUGCAAGAAUCCCUUCAGAAGGAGUCCAAGGUGAACAAGCAUUUGUCGAUGGAGAAUGAAGAGCUCCUCUGGAAACUCCACAACGGGGAACCAAGUAGCCCACAGAAGGGAUCCCCUAGCUCUGCAUCUCCAUCCCAUUCCUUCAGCCUACAGUCACCUCCCAGCCCUGGGGCCUGCUCGCCCUUCCCGCUCUCACCCAGAUAACGAUGGCUCCCCCCGCUUCCAGGAAGCAAACAGACUCAAGUUAUCCAUCUUAAAGGUCACCCUGUUGACCUAUUGGCAAAGCAACAUUAUCGGCUUGUGGGGGGUGGAUCAUAUUUUUCAGAUGAACAUGAUUUAGACAGUCACAGACUGUUAAAAUGCUGCACGUGAGCACUUAACCAAGGCCAUGUUGUUCUUUGGCUGUCUACGGAGGGAUGGGAAUGGGGGUGAGGGUACAAAGACUCAGGACUUGAGUAUCACAAUAUGCAAUCUUUUUUUAUUUAUUUUUUUAUAGCCACUGGUGGUUUGUCUGUUUGGAUGCUCGGCACUCACGCAUUGCAUGCACAUUGAUGCACAUAUUUAUACAGAAUUGAGGCUGAGGAUUCCUGCACGGUUAGUCACAAAUAUGUCAAAGUGUGACCCCCAACUGUCUUGGUAGAAUGAAACCUAGUAAUUUCCAGAAGACAUUAGCCUGAUACUGUGGCAGGUCCACAGGGCCAAUCCCAAUUCUGAGUGUUUGAUGUGUUGUCCAACGUCACUCAUCCUGAAGGAAUCAUCCUCAUAUAGUUUUAAAACUGGGGUCUGUUGGCAAGGAGAGGCUUUGCUUCAGCAUGUUGUUUUGGAAAUGUCUCCUACAUAUAAUUUGGGUUUAAAUUUGAUUCUUGGCGAGUUGGCGCUGUUUGAAAUAUGCUAUUAAUAAACUAAUAAAAAUAUAUUUUUAACAUUAAAGGUUGGGUAUACUUGGCUUCUGGGCAGAAAUAAGACACUACAUGAACUUAAUGUGAUCUCUAAACUUUAGAACAGGGGUCAUCCACCUCCUACAACACAACGGAUCAUGUUCAUGCUUGCAAGGAGCAUUCCACAAUUCAUUCACAUGCCUUAAUUUUGCAUUAUUUUUAGAGGAGCGCUAACACUUGAAUGGUGUGAUAGCAAAAAAUGGCAUCACGAGUAAUGACGGAGCCAAGUCAAUUGUCGCAUACCUACUGUGGUGAGUACAAUGUGAAGUUUUUAUAUUGAUCAAAACUGACUGAACAAUAUUGUUGUGGAGAUGUGAUAUAUUGAAAGAUGAAGGUAAUUGUGUUUUAUGCUCUAGUAAUAAUGACAUUGAUACUCAAAUUUCUCCAGAAAUCUAUUGUUGAAAGUCAGAAGGAAGCAGCUCUGAAACAAAACACGUUCUGGGCACGUGUAACGCAUUCCACAUAUGGAGCAAAUUAGAAUGU